GCCUUCCCUGCGCGUCGGAAACAUGGCGGCGGCGAGGGACUGAGCAGCGGCCGCGCAGGUUUUGAUAUGCCGCAGUGUUUGGACUGACUUUGGUGGCUUGUAGGAGUGAUGGGGAACUAGAGCCCAUGACAGUUCAGAGGAGCCCCUGGUACUUUUGAGAUCUUGACAUCUCCAGUUAUCCAAAAGGCAGCCAGUCCCAGGAUAAGGACAGCAGCAGGUGAUAGAAUGCGGAAACCAGGCCCUCAAAAAGCCAUAGACUGGAAAGAUGGUAAAAAGCACAAGUACGGCCGCCCAUCAGAGUCCCCCUCCCAGUACCAAGGUCACUUCACCUGGGAGAAAUACCUGAAAGAAACAUGUGCCAUCCCAGCUCCUGCCCAUUGCUUCAAGCAGUCAUACACUCCACCUGCAAAUGAAUUCAAGAUCAGUAUGAAACUGGAAGCCCAGGACCCCCGGAACACCACGUCCACGUGCAUCGCCACAGUGGUGGGUCUGACGGGCGCACGCCUGCGCCUGCGCCUCGAUGGCAGUGAUAACAAGAAUGACUUCUGGAGGCUGGUGGACUCUGCUGAAAUCCAGCCCAUAGGGAACUGUGAGAAGAACGGAGGGAUGCUGCAGCCUCCACUGGGCUUUCGACUGAAUGCCUCCUCUUGGCCCAUGUUCCUUCUGAAGACUCUGAAUGGAGCAGAGAUGGCUCCUGUCCGGAUUUUCCACAAGGAACCACCAUCUCCAUCCCAAAACUUCUUCAAGACAGGUAUGAAGCUGGAGGCAGUGGACAGGAAGAACCCUCACUUCAUCUGCCCGGCCACCAUUGGGGAGGUGAGAGGUUCUGAGGUCCUCAUAACAUUUGAUGGCUGGAGAGGUGCCUUCGAUUACUGGUGCCGAUAUGAUUCCCGGGACAUCUUUCCCGUAGGCUGGUGCUCGCUGACUGGAGAUAAUCUGCAGCCCCCUGGAACAAAAGUUGUGAUUCCAAAGAGCCCUUUACCUGCCUCCGAAGUAAACUCGGAGAAACCUAGCAUGCACAGUAGCACAAAGACUGGUUUGGGGCAUCAACAAGGGCAAAGGCGUCGCAAAACAGGGAAGAAGCGUGGUCGAACGACCAAAGCGCUAAUCCAUCACCCCAUGCCUACACCCUCCAAGUCAGUGGAGCCUUUGAAAUUCCCCAGAAAGAGAGGCCCCAAGCCUGGCAGUAAGAGGAAACCUAGGACAUUGCUGAACCCAGCACCCACCUCUCCAACCACCAGUACCCCAGAACCAGACACAAGCACUGUGCCCCAGGACGCUGCUACAGUCCCCAGCUCUGCCAUGCAGGCUCCCACAGUUUGCAUUUACUUGAACAAGAACGGCAGCACUGGGCCCCACCUAGACAAGAAGAAAGUUCAGCAGCUGCCAGACCAUUUUGGACCUGCUCGAGCUUCUGUUGUCCUGCAGCAAGCAGUACAGGCCUGCAUUGAUUGUGCUUAUCAUCAGAAAACAGUCUUCUCCUUCUUAAAACAAGGCCACGGGGGAGAGGUCAUCUCAGCUGUGUUUGAUCGGGAACAGCACACUCUGAACCUGCCAGCAGUAAACAGUAUCACCUACGUCCUCCGCUUCCUGGAGAAGCUCUGCCACAAUCUUCGCAGUGACAACCUCUUUGGGAACCAGCCUUUCACUCAGAACAGCCACAUGCAGCGCUCACACGAGUACGACCACGACAGGUAUCUACCAGACAGAAGCAGUUCCUUAGACGGCACUCUGCAGGGACCAGGCCGGGGUACAAAGCGCUAUUCCCAAGAUUCCCCUCCAUACACUGCUCCUCUCUCCCCCAAGUUACCAAAGAAUGACCGUCACCCUUUGGAAGGUGAAACCUUUGUCCUGGGAGAUGGCCUCCCAGGGCCCCUGGAGCCUCGCCUGGACCCCAUGGACUCUGCCUUGAACUCUGUCAAUGCCUCCAGCCACAGCCGGAGCUCCAGAGACUAUCGCCUGCCAGGAUACAGGCACCUGCACCAACCCUCUAGCCUCAGCCAGGGCAGCUCCUCUGCCUUGCGUAGGCUUAGCUCUGGGGGCUCAGACAGGUUCCUGGGAUCCAGGGACGUGUCCCGGCUGAGCAGCCGCGAUCCCACAUCCUGGUCGGUGGAGGAGGUGAUGCAGUUCAUCCGGGAGGCAGAUCCUCAGCUGGGACCCCAUGCAGACCUGUUCCGGAAACACGAGAUCGAUGGGAAAGCCCUGCUCUUGCUGCGGAGUGACAUGAUGAUGAAGUACAUGGGGCUGAAGCUGGGCCCAGCCCUGAAGCUCACUUACCACAUCGACAAGCUAAAGCAAGGCAAGUUCUGAGGACGCUGGGCAGGACGGACCUGGAAGCUCCGCUCCUGCCACCCGCACCCGCGCUCGCCUGCCCACAGGUACCGCAUGCACACACACCCAUCAGCGCCCACGGACGCCUCGCUGACAGCCUGGCCCUGCUGCAGGCUCCAGCCUGCCCUGUGCCAGCGGAGGAGGCUGGAGCACAGCUGGAGCACAGCUGGAGCACCGCUGGCCCCAGGGCUUCGCACCGGACUCAGGCAUGGGCAUCCCAUUGGAAGC